UACAAUGGCAGUGGCCGCCAGCCCUGCGAUCCUUCUGUGCCUCCUGACUCUGUACCUGCUAUCCGACUGGUCCGGGACGGGGCGGGCCGGUCCGCUUCCUGAGGCUGCUGCUUGCCCCGCAGGGCAGGAGGGGGGUCAAAGAAGGCGAAAAAGGAACCGCAGGAGGGUGGAGGGGCCAAAAAGCUGCAGAGGGCUAGGUGGGAAGGGGAUCCCUUGGUGGAGCCCCGCAGCCCCACUCGCCCUCGGGAAGGAGAAACCAGAGCCCCUGGAACCCGAGCUGGGGUCAAGACAGGGGUGAAGGGGGGUUCCACAGAGACGCGAUCACUGACACCCCAAUCAGCCACAGGUCUCUCUGCUCUCACCGGCUCUCUACCACACAAACCCUCCAGCAUCCCCAGGGCUCCAUGCCCUGGAACUUCCCCCUGCGCUUUGUUGCAGACACUUAACUGCCCCCAGCGGCUCAGCAGACACUUCCUACUCCUCCCCUCACUAUUCACUUCCACUACUCAGGACGCAUCUUUUCACUCCCCAUCUCAGCCCAGCCCUGUCACCCCACAGGCCUCCCUCACCUCCCCAUCCAAGAAGGGGCCCUUAGCACCUCCUCCACCAAAUAACACCUUCACCCCCUUUGCCUGAUCACACACCCCAGCGGACACACCCCAGCAAACACACCCCAUGCUUUCCACAAAACCUAAUGCAGGGGGGAUGGGAAGUACCAUGUCCCCCAGGAUGACCCUGGGAGCGCCCGUGGGUAGAGGCGCCCACUACUGCCCUUGGAUCCCAGACCCGCCUGUUCUUCCUACUGGGGAGCCAGCGUCAUAUAGAGUAGUCACUAAGCAGACAGGUAUCAGCAAACCCUUUCUAGAAAGGAAAAGCUGAAGGCACUUUGGUCCUUGCUGGCCAUGGGUACUCUGUGUGUCAAGUCCUGUCCCUUUGUAGAGGAACAGCAGGCAAUGGCAACUUGCAAAUAAAAGGGAGACCAGAUGUGGACACCAUCCUAGGUUGCUGACCCCAGGUGAAGGCGCAUGCUGUGUCCUGGCAAUUGCUGCCCCAUCCCCUGGGGUGUCAUCUCCAAGUGGUGUAAGUUGAAGAGUCACAGGUGUGUCCGACCCUGCCUGUGGCUUCUGGGUGGUGUGGGUGUGAUGGAUGCGAGUGGAGGUUCUAUGGUUCGGGGUCAAUGCCCCCCUCCUUUGCUGCUGGGGGGCAUCAUCGGUCCCUUGGGGCGAUCAGGGACCCUCCCUGAAGCCUCAGGUGUGAGCUGAGGGUGAGGGGUACACCCAUGUAGUGUCCUGGGGAUCGGGGCCAACUGCUUGUGCAGCUUCUUGGUUCCCUGUGGCCCUGCUCCGGCCCAUCCCAGGAGACCCACCUGCGUCUUCUCACUGCUGGGCCUACCUUCCUAAUGACCUAAAGGGUGAGGAGCCCACCGUGUGAUGGGCAGCUCUGAGGCUGUGUGGUCACUGCCCUCCCAUAGAUGGAGGCCCAUCUCCACCAGGGCCCAGGACCACACCUGGAGCCACUUUUAAGUGAGGGGAUUUCAUUGCUGUGAGUGGCACAGCCUUGCUUCUGAGCAGUAGGGGACCCUGUUGUGAUUCCGUGGUUGGGAAUAGCCAUGAAAUCCACAUAGCACCUUUUCCAACCACACAUGCCUCUGGGAUCUUAGGGAGUCCAGGGUCAAAUAGCCAUAGUGGCAGGUCCAGCAACACUCCUCAUGAGAGUGUGUAUGGCUGCAUCCCAGCUACCAGAGCAGCAUUCAGUAGUGACAGGGGAUGUCAUAUGACCAGCACAACCUAUAAUAGUUACUACAUUAACUACAAACACUAACCAUUCCCGGUAGAAAUCCAGGAAAUGUGAAAUUACCAUCGAAUGGGUCUAUGAACCCAGCACAUCCCUCUAAGCUGGACCUGACACAGGCGUCCAUCUGUUACUUUGCUCCAAAUGCACCUCAUGAGUAAGAGGGGAGCAAGUUAAUGCUUCACAUCUCAGGGAAGAGCUCAGAUCGCACACUGUGUCCACUAGGAGUGUCUGGGUAUUUGCUGUUUCAUGGUGUACAGUUACCAGAGUGAAUGUCCUUCUUGCUCUGUGGGGGAGUCUGAAGGAGUCAUUGCAGUUGCUGUGGGGUUGAAGGGGCCCACCAGGGGCUCUGGGCUCUCCUUCUAGUAAGGGACUCUGCAUCUGAGAUGUGGCUCAGAUCUCAAAGCUGGGCAAAGGAGCUCAGUUAUUUCCUGGGGUGGCAACUUUCAGCCUCCUGGUCAUCCAUCCUUGCAUUUUGUCUUUGUGGUAAUUAUUUAAAUCUAGUAGUAUCCGGGUGGAGUCUCCCUCUCUUUUGGAUCUUGGACCCUUUUUUUCUAUGGGGCAUAGCUUUGUAAGACUGAGGUCCCCAGCUGGCAUUGUUACUUCUCUAAUUAUUUCCAUCAUUGCACCCUCCUUCCUGCUGACAGUUGACGGCCUCCUCUUGAGAUCUGUUAUUUCAGGAUUUUCCACCCCCAUUACUACCGGGAGCCCAUUUCAGGAAGAGCAUCUCCUACCCCUGACCCUGGCCUUCAGCAACAGGCAUCCCUGAGCUUCUUGACAGUCUGCUGCCUUCUCCUGGAGCCUUCUUUAUAUGCUGGAUGCUCACUCUCUCUGGUAUAACUUCAACAUCACUCAUGGACAACAGUGGUGUGAGGUCCAGGGCCAGGCUGAUCAGAAGAAUUUCCUCUCCUAUGACUGUGGCAGUGACAAGGUCUUAUCUAUGGGUCACCUAGAAGAGCAGCUGGAUGUCACAGAUGCCUGGGGAAAACAAUUGGAAAUGCUGAAAGAGGUGGGGCGGAGGCUCAGAAUGAAACUGGCUGACACUGAGCGGGAGGAUUUCACACCCAGCGGACCCCGCACGCUGCAGGCCAGGAUGUCUUGUGAGUGUGAAGUCGACGGACCCAUCCGUGGAUCUUGGCAGUUCAGCUUCAAUGGACAGAAGUUCCUCCUCUUUGACUCAAACAACAGAAAGUGGACAGUGGUUCAGGCUGGAGCCAAGCGGAUGAAAGAGAAGUGGGAGGACAGCGAACUAACCAUGUUCUUCCAGAAGGUCUUGAUGGGAGACUGCAAGAGCUGGCUUAGGGACUUCCUGAUGCACAGGAAGAAGAGGCUGGAACCCACAGCACCACCCACCGUGGCCCCAGGCACAGCCCAGACCAAAGCCAUGGCCACCAGCCUCAGUCCCUGGAGCCUCCUCAUCAUCCUCUGCUUCACCCUCCCUGGCAUCUUAGGAGAGUCCUUUAGAGUGACAGGUGGAAGAUGAUACCAGGAAGCCUUUGUUAGCCUCGUCUGGUUCCCGCUCUCCCUUCAGAGAAGGCGCCUGUCUACUUACCACUAUGCCUUACUGGACAGCCAGGAGUUCAAGCCUUAGCAAGCCCACCGGCUCCCAGCAGAUGAUGUGGACAUUGUAGACUCAACAUCUCAUGCCAUUCAUUACCUUUGCUGAUGAUCCUAGCAGCCAUUUUUCUUAAUAUCUUCUGCCACUUUCUUUUGGUGCUAAUGGAUGGAAUUCCUGUACAAGUUUUAACUGAACAAGAAAUCUCAGCAAAAAGCAUUUUAUUUCUACUUCUUUGAUUGUGGAAAAGCAGACACUUCUCUGAAGCAUGACCUUAUUCUUCUAAACAGUAUUGCUAGUAAAAUAGCAUGCUGGACUUCAGGCCUCAGGGAUCCUUUCCAUGCACUGACCAAGAAUCGUAUUAAUCCUUUUUAUUGUUAUGAAAGGUUUUUUUUUUUUUUUUUAAAUAUUCUCAUUCUGUCAACCAUAUUGGAGUGAAGUGGCAUAGUCAUCACUCACCGUAAUCUCUAACUCCUGGGCUCAAGUGAUCCUCUAGACUCAGCCUCUAGAAUAGCUGGGACUACAGGCGCAUGCCACCAUGCCUAGCAAUUGUUUUAUUUUUAGGUAGAGAUUGGGUCUUCCUACAUUGCCCAGGCUGGUCUUCAACUCCUGGCCUCAAGCAAUCCUUUUAUCUUUGCCUCCCAAUUGCUCUGGGAUUACAGACCUGAACCACAGUGUCUGUCGUAGAAAUUUUUAGUAUUUAAUAUGUAGUAUUUAAUAUGAAAAUGUAUUAUAUUCAUGAUUAUUUUAUUUAGUAAUUUAUUAGACUGUACUUAAAUAAAGAUAUCGAUUUUCAAAGAA